CUGAAAGAGGGAAAAAGAAUUUUAACAAAAUUAAAAAAAAAACAAAAUAAAUUCCACCGACUUUUGCUAAGUUAGUUGACCUUUUCCAAUCUUUCACCACUCUCCCUAUUCGUACGUUUCACCCAAUCUUUGUUGUUAAGUUUCUUUAGCUCCCAAAAUUCCAAAUCUCCUUCCUCCUUAUUUUCAGGAUUUUCUGAGGAAUAUAGUGUAGUUCCUGGAUCCCUAAUAAUGGCCAAUUCCGAGGAAUCGAGUCCUCUUUUGCCUAAGCAACAAGAGUCUAAAGUGGAAAAAGACCUCAGCCAGAAUGAAGCUGUUUACCCCACCAAAUCCGCCGACGGCAAGGCGCCCGAUGCAGCUAAGAAAUCAGCUCCUCCCAUUCCGAUGAGUUGGACCGCCAAUGGUCUGCCACUCAGCCAUGGGAGCGUCAUGGGGGAGCCUAUGAUGGGUAGGGCCCACUGGGACUCCAGCCUCUGCGCCUGUCUGGGCAGGAAUGAUGACUUUUGCAGCAGCGAUCUUGAAGUUUGUCUGCUAGGAAGUGUGGCACCUUGUGUUCUCUAUGGUAGCAAUGCUGAAAGACUUGGAUCAGCACCAGGGACUUUCGCAAAUCACUGCUUGCCUUACACAGGUCUGUACCUGAUUGGGAAUUCCCUUUUUGGCUGGAACUGCUUAGCACCCUGGUUUUCAUACUCCAGCCGUACUGCUAUCCGCCGAAAGUUCAAUUUGGAGGGAAGCUGUGAAGCGCUUACCAGAUCAUGUGGGUGCUGUGGAAGCUUUGUGGAGGAUGAGGCGCAACGUGAGCAGUGUGAAACAGCCUGUGACUUCGCAACCCAUGUCUUCUGCCAUGCAUGCGCCCUUUGUCAGGAAGGUCGUGAGGUUCGUCGCAGGCUUCAUCACCCUGGAUUCAAUGCCCAUCCAGUCUUGGUCAUGAUUCCACCAGGAGAGCAGAUUAUGGGCCGAGGAGCCUGAAUAUGAUGCCUGAAUUGUGCGUGGAUUUUAUAAUCCUGUAGGGAUCGUUUACUUACGAGACCCGAUGGUUAGAUAAACACUGCUAUAACUUGCAAAAUUUGAAUGUCAGUUUAUUUUGUCUGUUUGAUAUGUAUAAAUAAAUAAACAUCUAUGAAAACUUUAAAGACUUGUAAGUUUGUAUUGGCCAAGUAUAUGUACUUUUCGAGUGAAUGAUCCUAGGAGUAUUAUUUACAA